AUGGCUAAGAAGAAAUCUGGUAAGAAGGAUAAAGAGGCCAAGAAGGCUCGUACUGAGCAAAAGAAUAAGAAGAAUCAAGCCAAGGCACAAUCGAAGGAUAAGAAGAAGCAACAGAAGAUGGGCGAUGAUGAAGAUAUGGAUGAUAUGGACAUUGAAGAAGUUUUAUCCAAUUUUAGGAAACAACAGGAACAAUUCGAACAAAUUAAUAUCGAGACCGUUGAUAAACCUUCACCUGUAAGACUGAAUCCAUGUUUAGUGGCUAACCCAUUACAUAACAAGAAAGAAUUGUUAUUAUUUGGUGGUGAGUCUGCUAAUCCUGUCACAGGUGCAGCUAAUUUUCAUAAUGAAUUGUAUUCUUACGCUCUAGAUAAUAACUCUUGGAAAAAAUAUACUUCCCAAAAUUCUCCAAUGCCAAGAUCCUCAGCUGCUAUGGCAUCGCAUCCCUCAGGUAUUGCAUUAUUGCAUGGUGGUGAGUUUUCUUCUCCAAAACAAUCCACUUUCUAUCAUUACUCAGAUACUUGGAUCCUAGACACAACAAAUAAAGAAUGGACAAAGAUAGAUGAAAAGGUUUCUCCAAGUCCAAGAUCUGGUCAUAGAAUCACAACUUGGAAGAAUUUUUUCAUCCUUUACGGGGGGUUCAGAGAUUUGGGUCACUCGACAUCAUAUUUGAAUGAUCUAUGGGUAUUUGAUAUUACCAAUUAUAAAUGGAAACAAAUAGAAUUCCCAAAGAAUCAUACUUUACCAGACGCUAGAUCUGGUCACUCUUUAAUUCCAACUGCAGAGGGUUGUAUCCUUUAUGGUGGGUAUUGUAAAGUGAAAGCUACAAAGGGUCUUCAAAAGGGGAAGAUUCUUACAGAUUGUUGGUAUUUGAAAAUGAAACCAGAUUUAUCUGCUAUUAGAUGGGAAAGAAGAAGAAAACAAGGUUUCCAACCUUCUCCAAGAGUGGGUUGCUCUAUGGCACAUCAUAAAGGUAGAGGGAUUCUCUUUGGUGGUGUCUAUGAUUUUGAAGAAACUGAAGAAAGUUUAGAUUCUAUUUUCUACAAUGAUCUUUUCAAUUAUAACAUAGAGACUAAUAGAUGGUAUUCAUUAAAAUUGAGAAAGAGUAAUAAAUCAAAUUCAGGUUCACAAAGAAUCAAAUCUUCUAAUACUAACAUUUCUGAAGAAAAAGAAAAAGAAUUGCAAGAUCUAUUGAAUAGUAUUUUGAAAAAAAAUAACUUAAACGAUGAAGAUGAUGAUAUCAAUGUGGAUAAUACUGAGUUGGAGCAAGAAUUGAAUAAAAUGGAUAUUGAAGAUGAAAAUGUUGAAAGACGAAAAGACGUGACUAUAUCUAAUCAAUUGCCGCAUCCAAGAUUUAAUUCAGCUACCGUUGUUGUGGAUGAUUCCUUAUUCGUAUAUGGUGGUGUUUGGGAACUAGGUGAAAAGGAUUUCUACAUUGAUUCCUUCUAUGGUAUCGAUUUAAAUAAGGUAGAUGGUGUUAGUGUUUAUUGGGAAAAUCUAGAAAAUGUUGAAACUGCCAAGAAGCUCGGCCAACAAGAUUCAGAUGACGACGACGACGAUGACGAUGACGAAGAAGACGAUGAUGACGAAGAAGAAAUUGCGGACACUAAAUUGGAAGCAGAAGAGGAAGAAGAGGAAGAAGAAGAAGAAGAGCAAGUAGAUGAAAUGGAAAUUCCAGAUGAACGUCCUUGGUUGCCUCAUCCAAAACCAUUCGAGAAUUUGCGUGCGUUCUAUCUACGUGAAGGCCCAGCAUUUUUGGAGUGGGCAAUUUCUAACAACCGGGAUGCUAAGGGUAAGCAUUUGAAAAAGAAGUCUUUUGAUCUAUGUGAAGAUCGUUGGUGGGAAAGAAGAGACCAAGUUCGUAUUGAAGAAGAUAAAUUAGAAGAACUUGGUGUUGGUGGUGAUAUCAUUGAAAAGGAUCUCUCCAAACCUACUUCAAAGAGAAGAUAG